CUAAAAACAACAAGACACACACACACCCAACAUAAGUCGCUUACGACUACUUCACACAACACAACUCACACACAAUACACACUCUCUCUAAUUUCUCUCUUUAAAAACAUUUUCUCUCUCCUCUCAAUCUCCCAAAACGUGUUAAAUCUCUAAACACUCAACACACCCUCAAUUUGGCGGACUAAGCCAUGAAAUCGUGGAUAGUCUCCACCGGGCGGCACUAAAUAGCCUACGACGCUCAAUUACGACCGUGAGACCAAACCAGGUCUAACGUCAUCGUAUUUAUUUUAUUCCAUUCAGGUUACUAAUUCGAGCGUCGGAGGAGGUUCCAACCAGGACCCCCCUGGGGGGACAUUUUUUUCCAGGUAUUCGCACGGAGCUGGAGGUGGUUAAAGACUUUGGGAAAUCAGCGCUCUCCGGACCUUAAACAUAUUAAAGCAGGCUGCUCUAAGCUUGGCAUCAACAAGUACUGAAUAUCAUAAUUGGUGAGCGGGAUCAGGUUGGAGAUAUAAUAAAAGUAUGAUAAUAAGUUAUUAGACGAUCUAAAAAUGUAAUAACAUCAUGCCGAUCAAGUUAGUUAUUGUUGCAUAAUCUAAGGUCUAAUAAGGAGAAAAUUCGUUCAAGAAUAUAUAUAUAUAUAUGGUGACUACUUCGGUGCACUCACAAAAAUGAGUGCGUUCAAUGCACCCAACUCAAAAACUAGUUUUAAGGUGUCGAAUUUUGAAUUUUAAUUUGUAGAAUUAGUGUAAUAUGAUAAUAUAACAUAUGGUAACAACUAAUUAGUGGAUUACCCUAAGUCCUAGACCUCCAAUUUUGAGUCACAUCCCUAAACCCCAAAUUGUAAACCCUAACCCUAACCCUAGACCACAAACCCUAAAUCUUCCAAAUUAAAGUAAAUCUUCAAUGAAUUUUGUGCAAAUUCAUGUGCGUUAUUGUUCAUCACAUCAUAAGUGAUGAUUGACAUCAUUUUGACAUAAAUUGCAUGUUUAAAAUGACGGUUUUGAAGUGUGAGUGCACCGAAGACGCCACCAUAUAUAUAUAUAUAUGUGGGUCAGACUUAUGCACUCCAAAAGUAUACUAUACUCCAGGUAAUCUUAGUGAGAUAUCUCAAUCUAGAUCAUGAAUUAAAUCGUGAUUGUGAUAUGAUACUAUAACCUAACCUCUAAUGAAUAAAUCCCGGGCCCCAAAUUCUCUAAAUCCAAACCCAAAGUUCAAUUUAUUGAAAAAUAUUAAUUGACCAUUGAAAUUGGUUGGAGUUCAUAAAGAGAGAUCAAACGAUCAUAUCACAUGCAUUACCAUAUAUAUAUAUAUAGAGGUGCAUAAAAUAACUUGGCAAUGCAUAAUUGGCUGCAUUUUUAGUGGUUUAAUUAUUAGCCAGGUUCCUAUAAUGGAGCUUAUCAAGAUAGCAUAGAAUACAUAUUCAUUCCAUAAUCAGAAGAUAAAAUCAAUAUCUUUGGAGAUUUGUCUUAGUCAAACACGUAGAAAUAUUAGGCUACGCUAAUUAAUUAGUUAAUUGACAGAUAUCAUAGUAUCUCAUGUCGUACACACAUUGGACGGACGAAAUUUGGUAAUCAAUUAAUAAUUAAAAAUUAUUUGAUUGUGUCAACUUAUACACAAUUAAAAAAAGAGGUAACGAUGAUCAUGUUUGCUACGAGGAUUUUUCCCCCCAUAAUUUGUUGCAUAUUUUUUUUAAAUCGAAAUACAAUGUUAUAUAAAUUGUACAAUUAGUAAAUUACUCCCAUGAUAUACACAUAGGGUGAGAUAGUAUGACUACUCCUAAAUGGUUUGGAAAAAUGACACCCUUAUUGAUUAUGAGAUUUUAAGAUAAUGAAUUUGUGUUGCAUUUAAUAAUCUGUAUGAAUUAAAAACUCAUAUUAAUUACUUUACUUUUUUUCAGUAUAAUGAUAGUUGUACCAGUACAAUGGUAUCUGUUGUAUCAGUGCAAUGAUAGUUAAAAAAGAAAUAUAAUUAUAAUGAGUUUUUAAUUGCCAAAGAUUAAAUACAACAGGAAUUUAAUCCCAAAAAUAAAUAUAAUUAAGAGAGUUCCAACCCUAUAAAAGAUUUAACAAGCUAACCGAUCCAUAUUACUACUGAGAUUUUUGACCUACCAUGGGACGACAGUGCCCCAAAUUAAAUGCCUUCACGUCCCCAACCAUUAAUUAAAAAAUUUCUAAAUAAAUCACAAAAGGCCCAAAAUAAUGUUAUGGCCCAUAAGUAAACGCCGUGUGUCUUUCCCCUUUUUCUCACCCAGUGGCAGCCGACGUUUCGAAAUUACCAACCUACCCUUCCCAUCCUUAAAACCCGCCCCCUCUCUCUCUCUUCGUCACUUCCCCACUAAUCCCCCAAUUCGUUGAAUCAUCCGAAUUUCUCCCUUCGAUCAGCCUCCGCUCUGAUGGAACAGAAGAAGCCGCCCCGCCCGCAGCGACACAGCUUCAGCAAUCCCGCCGUCGUCACGACGACGAAGCAGCGGCCGGUGUGGGACUGCGACAGCGCCCUCUACGACUCCUUCGAGCUCCGAUCCUUCGAGAAGCAGCUCUCCUCCGCCAUCAGCUCCCGGACCCUCUCCAUGCCCCAUUUGCCCGACCGCCGGGUCGCCCCCGACCCGACCUCCUCCGCCACGUCAGCGGCGGCGCGCCCCCCGAAGAAGAAUAGUCUUAGGAAUGUUAUUAUGAUCGACAAAAACAGCGAUCCCGUUUCCGAGGCGAAAAAGCGCGCCGCCAACACGACGCCGUUUAAGAUCUCGAAGUCCGUUCAGAGGUUUUUCAAGUCGGUGUUUGUAAGGCCGUCGUCGAGUGGUCACAAUCGGAGCGGCGAUAAGGAGCGGAGGUCUAGUGGGGUCUACUUUAUGUACGACAAGACCGGGGCGCUUUGCACGAUCCCCGAGGGGCCGGAGAGCGGCGGCGACAAUUUCGGGGUGGCGGCGGCGUCGCCGCCGGAUGUUAGUUCGCUGGUGGGGAGGAGCGCGUCGGAGAGGUUCACGGCGGCGACGGCGGUUGGUAUUUCAUGUGCAUGAAUUUAGUGAUUUUUUUUUUGGGGUGUUUUCAGCGGUUUCUUGUGGUAAUUAAAAGGGAAAGUUGUUAUUAUACAGAUGGUAGUUAAGACUUAAAGGAGAAUGAUGAUAUAAUUAAAUAAUGAGAAACGUAGUUUGUAUGUGUUGCAGAUAUUAAUGUCUGCUUGUUAGUAGUUUUGUUAUUUAUGUAUUUGUAAUUAUGUUUAACGGUUUAAUGUGGUGUUUAUUUCCCUGUUGUGAGUUUUUCAUAAAUAUAUUUUGGUAACUCUUUCAUUUUGAUUCGCAAUAUAGGAUACCAAUAAAUACUAAAGAAAUGAUGGUAAACUACUCAUAUAUAAAAUAUGAUAAAAUUCAAUAUUGAUUGUCGGUCGCUAAUAUAUUUUGGGUUGAUGAUCUUCAAGAAUGACAUGAUAUAUAUAAUUAGAAAUCAGUUAAAUCUAAUUUAUUGUGUUGAUCUCUAUGGCAAACAAAUAUGAUGUUUGGUUGAGAUUCUACGUUAAGGCCAAACAAAUAUAAUGUUUGGUCGAAAAUAGGUGCUUCUUGUCUCUCUAAGUUGUGUCAUUAGUAACCUUAGAAAGCAAAUACUUUACCGUGAUCCCAAUAAGUGAUUGUCCUGAUUUCAUCAAUAUUAUAACUUAUUUAAGUCACAUCUUAAAAAGUAUUACACCCGUGAAUUGAUUUAAAGCUUCCUUUUGUGAGUUAAUAAUUUAGAUAUCACUCGUUAAUUAAUUAAUGUGCAUGGUUAUCCUCAAGCUAGCUAGGAGAUGGUGGCAACUUUUUAUCUCUACUCGAUUCUCAUAACUCUUCUAUCUUUCCACUUAGGAAAAAGCAAAUGGCCUAAUCAACUACAGGGAGGAAAAUGGCAAUCGCCAACAGAUAAAAAUAGGAGAAGUGUGAAUAAACAAUAUACACUCCUAAAGAGAAUAAUAAAUUAGGAAAACUCAGAUAAAUAAAAGGAGGAAAAAAUGAUUUGUAUUUAGGCAACAUACACUCCUAAUAUAAAUGAAUAAAAUGCUAACGCAUAGUGAGUAAGUGUACUAAUCACAACUAUUAUAUUGGAUCAAAAUGAUCAUUCAGUUUUUUGUCGUCUAUUUUUGUCGCAUAAAAAAACUUGAAACUCGAAAGUUAACAAAUCUCAAUGGUAUUAUAUCGGGCAGAUGACAUCCAUCACGUACUCAAUGCAAACUUUAUGCCAACAAUUGUCUUUAUUAAUAAGAAAAGUUGGCGGCCUUAAUCCGUAUUUCUCGAAGUUAAGGUCUUACUUAUCUCAGUUACUUCGUCAGAAUUUUCAGUUAUAUUGGAAGCUUUGAUGGUUUUUGUACGGUAGCUCAAUUGCGGGAGCAGGAAUCGCCAAAGGAGAAUCGCUCUAAUGGAUCAUCAUGUAGCAGUAGACGUCAAUUCCUACCAUGAAUGAAGUGCUUGAUUAUUUAUUUAUUUUACAAUAUCCUCCCUCCCUGCCUUUCCGUUGGUACACGUUACAGUAAUUAGUUCCACCUAAGGUCUACCGAUUAUUAUAUUUUACAGGGAAAAAAACAUUUUGACUUUUUUUUUUUUUUUUUGCAUUAACAUGAAUAAUUCGUCGGUUAAAGGUAGCGGAUUAAUUUUAAACCUUGAUUAUUUUUUUGUCCAAACAUUUGAUCUCUUUCAUCAUAAAAAAAAUUGUGUUAAAAAAAUAUAAUUCACUAUGAUUUUGUUAGAUGUAUAAUCUGUUGAUGUAACUUGAAUCGGACUAUCAACCGCUAUGAUUGGAAGUCAUGGGGGUCUCCCCACGGUGUAUGAGCUCAAUGUUAUUUGGGUUCAGGUUAUGGGCCUGGUUGUAACCGCUUUUUCUUUACCAUAUUUGAUUAGGGUUAGCCCUAGGAGAAGAAGUAGUACUUUAAAUACUUCUCAUACUCCUAUGUAAUCUGUAUCUUCUCGAAAUAUAGUGAAAACUGGCUC